CCAUGGAUGCACACAACCUUCCAUGGAGGUUAGUUGCUCCCUCCUGAUUCCUGACCCUUUUCUUCACGAUUGAUAGACUCCUAUCUGAAAACAAUUAUUUAAGGAGUAAGGAAAGCAACUUUAGGAUACAGACAGCAUGGCGCAACAGAAAAACAAGCUAAGAGUUAAGAAAAGUAUAGCCAAGCAGCAAAGCACCUCUGGGCAAUUUAUCACCGAGAGAGAGCUAAACCUGAAGAAGGAAUAUGCCACCCUGACAGAGCAUAUCAACACCUAUUCGGAUCGAGUGGAUCACUUUCAAGAUGAAAAUGAAUUCCUGGAUAAGGAAACCCAGGAGAUCCAAGAAAACAACAAAGCUUACCUCACCUACUUAGCCAAACGCACUCUCCUAUGCCAGAAAGCCAUCAUUUCCUUAAAUGACCAGAACCGAUCGGAUCUGUCCUCUGUCCUGAAGCAGAAGGAUGAGCUGACCUCUCAAUACAAAGACAGAGAGAAGGAGGUCAGGAGCCAGUUGAUUGAGAUGGAGACCAAGUAUUCCCUCAUGAACAAGGAGGUUGAUGAACUGAGGCCCUUCAAGGAGCUGCAAUCGGACCAACUUGCCCGUAUCCGGGAGCUGGAGAAAGACCUGCUGGCUAUGAAAAUCCACCAUUCCGAGCAAAUGCACACUGUGAAGAGCCAGUUCCUGCAAAAGAAGGCAGAAUACGAAAUGGAGUCCCAGCAGAGGGUCCAAGCUUUGGCCAAAAAGGCCGAGAAAGAAGCCGUGCGCAGCCUCAUCCAACACACCAAGCAGAUAAAAGCUGAAAAUGGGAGAUUGCGUAAUGAACUGCUGAACCUCAUCAAGAGAGCCCAGGGCCUAAAGGCCAUUGUACAUCAGCUCCAGGAGCAGAAAGAACAGCUUCUUCAGGAACUCCAAUUUGGGGAAGAUUUGUCCCAUGCACACAGCUGGCUAACUCAGCAGAGGAGAGCCAGGGGCAAGACCAGCCUGCCUACUAGGACUCAGGUAGGCUUUCCUCUCCAUCUAGUCAUGAACAAAAAGCCACAAUCUCUCGCAAGUCUCCAAGGGCCGGCAAAGACACGGUCAACAACUCAGAUGCAGAAGACCAGCGUGGGAGAACCAUUAUGCCCUCUGGCACAACGGCUCCCGUAGCAUGCACGGCUUGCACGAAGGGCUUUUAAUGGCAGCAGCAGAAAGACUGACGUAGCCCUGGCAGGGACCCCGGAAGAGGCUUUUGCACUGCCUCCAUAGCUGAGGGAGAAGACGGGUGGGUAGUGUUUCUCUGCCUUGGCAAACUGGGGUAACAAGUGUGUUCUGCUUUUCGCCUUUACAGCUAAAGCGUCUAAAAUAAAAGAAUUCCCAAAGCCACGGUA